AUGUCAACUGAAGAAUACUAUAAUGAUCUUCAAAGGAUCUUGGCUGCCAUUACCCAAUCUACCGGUGCCGGUUUGAAAGAAGCAACCAAGACUUUACAAACUGUCUACUAUCCACAACCUGCGUCAGUUCCUGCUUUGGUCAAUAUUUUACAAACUCAACCGGAUGUUGGUGUUAGACAAUUAGCAGGUAUCGAAGUUAGAAAAUUGAUUCCAAAACACUGGAACUCUUUAGAUGAUGCCACCAAGACCCAAAUCAAAACAUCCUUGUUGCAAAAUGCCUUCACUGAAGAAAAGCAAAUUAUUCGUCAUGCAAAUGCUCAUGUUAUCGCAGCUAUCAGUAUUGAAGAAUUAGAAGCUAACAAAUGGCCGGAUUUGAUUCCUAAUUUGAUCCAAGCAGCUUCCAAUGAAGAUGCUGCCACUAGACAAACUGCCAUUUUCAUUCUNUUAUCCUUAUUAGAAGAAUUCCUCCCNNAGUCUUUGACUAGAUACAUUGAUGACUUCUUGAACUUAUUCAGUCAAACCAUUAACGAUACUGCAUCGUUGGAAACCAGAUCCCUAUCCGCACAAGCUUUGAACCACGUUUCUGCAUUGAUUGAAGAACAAGAUGAAAUCAAUCCACAACAGGCUGCCAAAUUUAUUUCUUUAAUUCCAUCAUUCGUUGCUGUCUUAGAUGCAGUCAUUAAAGCAGAUGACACUGAUAAUGCCAAAUUGAUUUUCAAUUGUUUGAACGAUUUCCUUCUAUUGGACUCUCAAUUGACUGGUAAUACUAUUGCUGAUUUGAUUAAAUUGGCUUUGCAAAUCGCUGUCAACAAGGAAAUCGAAGAAGAAGUUAGAGUCUAUGCUAUUCAAUUUAUCAUUUCUGCUUUAAGUUAUAGAAAAUCCAAGGUUUCUCAAAGUAAAUUAGGUCCAGAGAUUACUUUAUCUGCUUUGAGAAUUGCUGCUGAAGAAAUUGACGUUGAAGAUGAAUUGAACAAUGAAGAGGAAACCAGUGAAAAUGAAGAAAAUACCCCACCAUCAGCUGCCAUCAGAUUGAUUGCGUUUGCUGCAUCUGAAUUGCCACCAUCUCAAGUCGCUUCAGUUAUCGUUGAACAUUUACCUACUAUGUUGCACUCUACUAAUAGUUUUGAAAGAAGAGCUAUUCUUUUAGCUAUCUCUGUCGCUGUAACUGGUUCUCCGGAUUACAUUUUGUCUCAAUUUGAUAAGAUUAUCCCAGCUGCUAUUGCAGGUUUGAAAGAUUCUGAACCAGUUGUCAAAUUGGCUGCAUUGAAAUGUGUUUCCCAAUUGACUACUGAUUUGCAAGAUGAUGUUGCCAAGUUCCAUGAAGAUUUUUUACCAUUAAUCAUUGACAUUAUCGAUUCUGCUAAAUUCGUCGUCAUUUAUAAUUACGCCACUGUUGCCUUAGAUGGAUUAUUAGAAUUUAUCGCCUACGAUGCCAUUAUUAAGUAUUUGGAACCAUUAAUGAACAAAUUGUUCUACAUGUUAGAAAGUAACCAAUCAUCCAAACUAAGAUGUGCUAUUGUUUCUGCUAUUGGUUCUGCUGCGUUUGCUGCUGGUUCUGCAUUCAUUCCAUACUUCAAGACAAGUGUUCAAUACUUGGAACAAUUUAUUCAAAAUUGUUCCAACAUUGAAGGGAUGACUGAAGAUGACAUUGAAUUGAGAGCCAUGACUUUUGAAAAUAUCUCUACUAUGGCUAGAGCUGUUAGAUCAGAAACAUUUGCUCCAUUUGCCGAUCCAUUAGUCACUGCUGCCUAUGAUGCUAUUAGAACUGAUUCUGCUAGAUUAAGAGAAUCUGGUUAUGCUUUCAUUGCCAAUCUUGCCAAAGUUUACGGUGAAAAUUUCGCACCAUUCUUAAAGACUGUCAUGCCAGAAAUUUUCAAGACUUUAGGAUUGAGCGAAUAUCAAUUUGAAGGUGAAGGUGAUGAAUUAGCUGCCUUGGCUGACGGUGGUUCUGAAGAAGAUUUACAAAGUAAGUUUACUGUUAAUACCGGUAUUGCUUACGAAAAGGAAGUUGCUGCUGCUGCUUUAUCGGAAUUAGCUAUUGGGACGAAGAAACAUUUCUUGCCAUACGUUGAAGAAAGUUUGAAAAUAUUAAAUGAACAAGUGGAAGAAUCCUAUGGUUUAAGAGAAACUGCUUUGAACACCAUUUGGAAUAUUGUUAAAGCUGUUUUAUUAGCUUCUGGUGCAGUGGCUGAAAGUUAUCCAAAGGGUAUUCCAGCCGGUUCAUAUGUUGAUCAAAGUGUCUUAACCAUUAUUCAAUCCGCUAGAGAAACUGCUUUGACUAAUAUUGUUGAUGAAUUUGAAACUGCCAUGGUCAUUACAGUAAUGGAAGAUUUUGCUAAUAUGAUCAAGCAAUUCGGUCCUAUUAUUGUCAUGGAUAAUGGUAACACAGCGGGUUUGGAAUCUUUAUGUUUACAGGUCAAUAAUGUCUUAAAGGGUGAGCAUACCUGUCAAACUAUUGAUAUGGAAGAAGAUAUUCCAAAGGAUGAAGAAUUAGAUGCCUCUGAAACUGAAGCUACUCUACAAGAUGUUGUAUUAGAAGUUUUGGUUAGUCUAUCGUUUUCCUUAGCUUCUGACUUCCCAAAAGUUUUCGAAACCUUCAAACCAACUAUCUUCACAUUGUUCAAAUCUAAAUCCAAAAAUAAGAGAUCAUCUGCUGUUGGUGCUGUUUCAGAGAUUGUCUUAGGUAUGAAAGAAUCUAAUCCAUUUAUUCAAGAGAUGUUAGAAAGUUUAAUCAUUAUCUUAACAAGUGAUAAAUCAUUAGAAGUAAGAGGUAAUGCUGCAUACGGUGUUGGGUUAUUGUGUGAAUAUGCUCAAUUUGAUGUUACAUCAGUCUACGAACCAGUAUUGAAAGCUUUGUAUGAAUUGUUAAGCACAGCUGAUCAAAAGGCUUUAACAGAAGAUGAUGAAGCCACUAGAGAAACCAUUGAUAGAUCCUAUGCCAAUGCUACUGGUUGUGUUGCUAGAAUGACCUUAAAGAACGAAAAUUUUGUUCCAGUGGAUCAAACUCUUCCAGCAUUAUUAGCACAUUUACCAUUAAAGACCGGAUUUGAAGAAUAUAAUCCAAUCUUUGAAUUAAUAAUGAAACUAUACCAACAAAAUAAUUCUGUCAUUGCCAAUGCUACACCAAAGGUUGUUGAAAUUCUAAGUGCCGUAUUUGCUAAGGAACAAGAAAGAAUUAAAUUAGAACAAGAAUCUACUUUAGGAAGAGAAGAAAAUAUGGAUAGAUUGAAACAAUUCCAAACAGAAGAAAUGAAGCAAAAAGUCAUUGAACUUUUGAAAUAUUUGAAUACAACUUAUAAUGGUAUUGUUGCUGCCGAUGCAGUCUUAGCUACUGUCAUUGCUUAA